CAGAUUCAGAUCUAUGUUAGGAUUGGAUACCUUUCGUCUCUUCCCAUUCGGAACCAGAACCUCAAGUUGAGUUUCACCAAACAGCAAUGGCCAUGGCCGAGACGAGAAAAGCCUUCGCCGCAAUACUAAUCCUCUUCAUCUCCACCCUCAUCUCCCCCUCCGCGGCGGAGAUAAAAUCCCUCGCCAUAAACUCCGACACCCGUCCCAUGAUCCUGUUCGAGAAAUUCGGGUUCACGCACAAGGGCCACGUGUCCGUGGCCGUCUCAUCGGUAUCUGUGGCGGUUCUCUCCUCCGCAGUGCAACCGGAAUCGUCGCGCCUAGGUUUCUUCCUGCUGAACGAAGAAGCACUCCUUCAAGUCCUAAUGGAGAUCCAACAAAACCCUUCCUUCUGCGUUUUGGAUUCUCACUACAUCUUCCGUCUCUUCACAUUCCGCGACCUCUCUCCACCGCCAUUGGCAUCGUUUAACCGGUCAUACCCGGUCACCUCCCCCAACGAAUACAGCCUCUUCUUCGCUAACUGCGCCCCUGAAACCUCCGUUUCCAUGGUGGUUCGCACGGAGGUUUACAAUCUCGAUUCCGACGGUUCCCGAGACUACCUCUCCGCUGGUCAAACCCACCUUCCCUCUCUCUUCUCUAUCUUCUCAAUUGUGUACCUCGCUUUCUUCGCUUUCUGGGGUUACAUCUGUUACACCAAUAAGCGAUCCGUUCACCGCAUUCAUCUAUUGAUGGCUCUGUUGCUUCUCAUGAAGGCUCUUAACCUGAUCUGCGCCGCAGAGGAUAAGCAUUACGUGAAAGUCACGGGUCUUUCUCAUGGAUGGGAUGUGUUGUUCUAUAUUUUUCAGUUCAUCCGUGUCGUUUUGCUCUUCACGGUUAUCGUUUUGAUUGGGACGGGGUGGUCGUUCCUGAAACCCUUCUUGCAGGAUAGGGAGAAGAAGGUGUUGAUGAUCGUGAUCCCGCUUCAGGUUCUGGCUAAUUUGGCUUCCGUUGUGAUUGGUGAAACGGGGCCGUUUAUUAAGGAUUGGGUUACUUGGAACCAGAUUUUCUUGCUUGUGGAUAUUAUCUGUUGUUGUGCCAUUAUUUUCCCUAUUGUUUGGUCUAUUAGGUCGCUCAGAGAAACGUCCAAAACUGAUGGUAAGGCUUCCAGGAAUUUGGCAAAAUUAACGCUUUUUAGACAGUUUUAUAUUGUUGUUAUUGGGUAUCUGUAUUUCACCCGAAUAGUGGUGUUUGCGUUGAGAACUAUUGCUGCUUAUAAGUACCAGUGGGUGAGCAAUGCCGCCGAGGAGGCUGCGAGUCUCGCAUUUUAUGUUGUCAUGUUCUAUAUGUUUAGACCUGUUGAGAAGAAUGAGUACUUUGUUCUUGAUGAGGAGGAAGAAGAGGCAGCAGAAAUGGCUCUCAAGGAUGAAGAAUUUGAGCUUUGAAGCCUUGUUUAAGGAAUUUGGGUGUUGACCUCUCUGCCACAAAUAUCAGGGGAAUCGUUCGCAACUGGGUUUGUGGUUCAGGUUCAGGUUCCUCCUUUCAUUCGUUUUCUGCAUACCCUUUUUUUUAUCCUUUGUUUUGCCCCCUUUUAAACCUUCUGCUGUUAGAGAAGUGUCCACAAGGGAAUACUGCUUGUAUGUUUAGCUGCCUAUUUUUCUUUUUAUUUUUUGUUAAUGCUGAUGGUGAAUUCUGCGGGAUAGAAAAAGGUUUUCUUUUGUUCGUAUCAACUAUAUGUUACUUGAGAAAUUGUACUAUGAGAUGUCCAUUUAUUGAUCAUUCUUCUUUGGAAUUUCUCAUUGAGAUUACCGUGAGGACAGUCAGUGUACAUUUCUCUAUUCAUUGAUUAGUUUCUUACUUGAUCCUAACUUUUCAUAAUCGCAAUAUGGUUGCUUACUUGAUUUCCUUGACAUUUACAUUAGUGUGCAAUUAUACCACGUUGUGCUAAUAGAAUAUCCUGCAGUUCCUUUCUGUGUUCUGCUUUGAUCAACGCA